AUGCCUGGGGGAUUUCCUGAGGAGGCCCCCGCAACGGAGGAAGUUUCUCCUAUAGAGGACAUUUCGGCCACGGAGGAUGUUCUUGCUACCGAAAAGGCCGCUGUCUCCGAGGAAGUCCCUGUCAUUGAGGAAGCUCUCGCCACUGAAGAGGCACCCGCAGCUUCCACUGUUGAGGAGGCCAAGGAAAUCCCUGCCACCAAAACUUUGCCCAUAACCCAAGAAGAAAAGACUAGUGUCGCGGAUGCUACGGUAGAAAGCGAAAGUGAAGCUGCACCUGUAGCCCAAUGGCCAAGUGAGGAAAAUGAAGCGGAAGUGAAGUUGCGGUCUGAAGAGGCUAUCACGGAUGCAGUAGCUGAAUUUCAACCUUCCGAACCUCGCGCUCCUCAAGACACUGUCGAUACGUCCUCGCCUGAUGAUGCCCCGACCGUCGAAGAUCCAAGCGAAGACGCUGACGGCCACGAUACCAUAGCUGCAGCCGACGAAGAUGACUCUAUACCUGUUGAGGAAAGUUCAGACGACGAUGAUGCAUCUUGCGAUGACUGGAUUGCCGAUGGAGAUGGCGGUGAUUGGAUUGCCGACGGAGAUUCUCAUGACGAGGAAUCUGAUCAAGACAUUUCCGAUUGGGAACAAGAUGACGCCUCGUCACAAUGUGAUGCGAUCGAGACGGAUGCGUCUGAACAUCAUGAUGGCGAUGGCCCCAGCACUGGGUGGAGCUCGAUGGAGCCAAAGGGUGAAGACACGGAUAAUUUAGAGUCACAGCAGGUGGCGGGGACUGUGGAUGUGUUUACAGUCGAGGAAGCCAGCACGGGUUGCACGGACGAGGUCACAGAGUCUAUUGUCGCCAAAGAUAUGCCCGUUGUGGACAAGACAGGCGCAGAGGCAGAGGUCAUGACACAAGAAGGAUCGACUGGCACACACCAAGCCUAUGUCACGGAUGUGAUUGAUAUUGAAGCAGAAGCAGAAGCAGAAUCGGCAGAGGCUGCUCAGGAAGAAGCACUGGGCGGUGAUGGGGCAGGCCAUGGCGAUGGCGAUGGCAACGGUGUCGAAGCAGAAGCAACACCAGAAUGCAGUCCGGGCGGUGAUGCUGUGGGCGCACUAGAGGUUACACCUGUUCUGGACCCUGGUGUCGGUGAGGGAACAUCGGCACAAAGCAAUAUGCUUCCCGAGGCCAGCGAAGCGGCCGUGGAGUCGGAGAAGCCCGAUGACGUGGGAGAGGCGAGUUUGAGGGAGACGAUAGUCGACACCGCUGCCAAUCCACCCCCAGCCGAGGACACACCGGACGAGUCAUGCGCAAUCACCCCGGCUCACGCUACUAGUGAAGUGAGCCCAAAUUCGGCCUCAGAAGAGGCUGGCGUACAAGCACAAAGUGAUCAACACGCUAUCCAAGACGACCUCCCUGACGACUCUCCUGACGAGCCACACGUUGCUGAUUCCUCUCCGCAACACACCGACCAAGAUGUUAUAGCAGCAGAUUCAGGAGUAGCAGAAAGCGAAACUAGCCCUGCUCCAGAUAUACCAGCCACUGAGAUAUCCGAAGCGAUCGCUACCAGCCAAGCUUCUCUAGAGGUGUCUGACCCCCCCGAAGUGGACAUGAAGGCCAACGCAGUCCUGGCAGUCCCAGCACACCAAGAGAAGAAACCAGAAGAGCCAGAGUCCGACUCGGGAAGCGAGCCUGAGUCUGAAGAUGACGACUGGUCUGGGUCUGAAGUUUCAUCUUUGCCUGCCGAUGAUGUCUCGCAGGUUGAUGAUGACACACCCAGCUCUGAACCUGGACAGGAUGUGAACGAAAAAGUUCAAGAUGCCGCUCCCGAGCAAAAGGCUCCUGUAACGGCUGAUGAGCCCGAUGCACCAUUAGAGAACCAAGCCAAGGAUGACGAUGACGUCGACGAUGGUCCCGAUGGCUCAGGCUCCGAGGUGUCAGCAGCAGCCGAACCCGAAGAAGGCGAAUCCGGGAUCACGGAAGACGCGAGCCAAUCUGGAAUCGAAGAAGAUGGUUCGACUUGUGAGCCACCUGUGGACCCUUUGCUAACUGAAGACCCUGACCCGCAAGGUUCUGAAGCUGGCCCAGAAAGUGCUGCCAAGAGUGUUAUGGAUGGCCCUGCUGAAGGAGACUCCAUUGUAUCUUCGGAGGGUUCCGAAGGCGUUGAGGAAGCUCCUGCUGCGGAUGCAAUAGCGCUCGAGCCACAAGAUGCGCCUGAGCCGACAGCUGCGCCUGCGCCGACAAAAGAAGAUGCCGAAGAUGACGCCGAGGGAGACGCUGAAGACGACGAUUGGGAUGGCUCCUCUUCAGCGAGUGAGUCUGGAAGUGAAGCUGAAGCUGAAGCUGACGAAGCUGAGGAGCAACCAGAGGCUGCAGCUGAAGCGCCCGAGGAUGAUACUAUCUCGGCUGUAGAUGCAGAAGAAGAAGAAGAAGAAGAAGAAGAAGAAGAAGAAGCUGAUGCUGCUGCAUCUGAAGCGGAAGUCCAGGUGAUUGAGCCAGCUGCGGAUCCGGAAUCUCAUGCAUCUGGUCCGGAAGAAGGCUCUGCAAGUGUUGCAGUGCUGGAAGAGGCUCAGGAACCUGACAAUUCUGCACCAAUACCUAAAGAGGCUGCGACAGAGGACGUAGGCCCCGACGCUGAUGAGGAGGUUCUCAACGAGCAGGUGGAGGAGAGCCUGGUGGAAGACAGCCUUGUGGAGAGCGAAGAUGCCGAUCCAGCCCCGGCUGAUGCACCAGAGGAGGUCGAGCCUGCACCACCAACUGAAGUCGGCACAGCAGAGCCGCCUUCAGAUGGGUCGGAUGUUGCAUCAGGGGAGAGUGAAGUGUCGGUAGAAGAGGACGGCGAUGCAGAGGAAGCGACCGCAGACGACACCCUAACCACAGUAGAGGUUGCCGCAGCUGAAGACGAACCUUCAGAGGUAAUGUCUGAGCUGGCUGAGUCAGUUGUAGAAGAGAGUGUUGUCGAGGAACAAGCACCCUCUGCUGAAGACGCUGCUCCGGAGCCAGAUGCUGAACCAAUCGCUGAACCAGUCGCUGAAUCGGUUGCUGAGCUGGCUGCUGAGCCAGUCGAUGAGCCAGUCGAUGAGCCAGUCGAUGAGCCAGUCGCUGAACCAGUCGCUGAAUCGGUUGCUGAGCCAGUCGAUGAGCCAGUCGAUGAGCCAAUUGCUGAGCCAGUUGCUGAAUCGGUCGUUGAAUCAGUAGAUGAACCAGUUGCUGAACCAGUUGCUGAACCAGUUGCUGAGCCAGUUGCUGAACCAGUCGAAAUUCCAGCGGAAGCUGAGCCUGAAGAAGAGUCUCCCCCAGUGUCUGAGGUAGAGGCCGAAGAAGAGUCACAGUCAGAAGCUGCAACCGAGUCUGUACUUGCAGAGGACCCUGCCCCAUCAGAGGAGCCAGACGUUGCACCGGCACCCGAGCCAGAAGCUGAGGAACCCGCGCCUAUCGAACCAGAGGCAGUGCCAGCAGCUGAGCCAGACCCUGCGCCUGAGCCACCAACAGAACCAGAACCCGAGCCACCUGUGGAGCCUGAGCCUGAGCCACCGGCGGAGCCCGCACCUGAACCGCCAGCGGAGCCAGAGCCAGAGCCACCAGCGGAUCCCGAGCCUGAGCCCCCAGUGGCACUCGAACCCGAACCUCCAGUGGAACCUGAACCCCAAUCUCCAGUGGAGGUUAUACCAGAGCCACCAAUGGAGCCAGAACCCGAGCCACCUGUGGAGCCUGAGCCUGAACCAGCGGUGGAGCCAGCACCCGAGCCACUCGCAGAGCCAGAGCCAGAGCCAGAGCUAGAGCCCGAACCAGAGCUUGAACCACAGAUUGUCCCGGUGGUAUUGGUAGGGGGGGUAGCUAAUGAAGGAACUACGGAGAACAUUGCCCCUGUAGACAGGUCCUUCGACUUCAGCCAAAGUCCAACUCGACCACCGCCGCCUAUUCCCGUUGAUCAGUACAGAGAACGCGAUAUCGCAAUUGACGAUGAACUUUCAGCGGAGCCUCCUGUCCGCGAGAAGACCCGUCGGAGGCAGUCGCAUGCUCAUCGUGACGCCCAUCAUUACUCGAGUCGUAGGCGUGAAAGUGAUGCUAGUUACAGGGAACGCCCGGUCAUGGCUGUACCAGAUCCUUCCAGCAUCCCAAAGACUAAGCGUCGCGACAGCAUGAACGAACGCGAGGCUGAGCGGAGAAGAGAAAGACUACGUGAGGCUGAGAGAACCGGUAGCAGUAGCGAUAGAGAGAAAGCCUAUCCGGAGUAUCGGCCCCACCGCCGCGAUAGUAGGAGCGACGAGAGACACCCUAAGCGUCGCCCCGUAGAGGAGAAGGAAGAUGAAGCAGAGAAAAUAAGGCGACGUGAAGCUCGGAGGGCUGAAAAAGAGCGACUUGCUGCCGCGGAUGCUGCUCGGCUCAAAGCUGAAGAAGAAGCCAGAAAACUGGAACAUCGCGAACGACGCCGUGCAGCAAAGCGAGCAGAGGAAGAAUAUAACAGAGCCCAGGAGGAGCGCCGAAGGCUUAAAGAAGAGAAGAGACAGGCCAUUGAAGAUGAGGAACGACGAAUUCGACACGAAAAAAGGCGACAGAGGCACGAAGCUGAGAAGGAAGCGAAGCGUUUGGAGCUGGAGAAAUUGGAACAGGCUGUACGUGAUGAGGAAGAGGCCAAGAGACUUCGACGGCAAAAGAGGGCGGAGCGGGAAGCAGCUAAACUUGCAGCGGCGCUUCAAGAAGAUCUCAUUGAGCCACCUCGCGACACUGCUCGACGUGCUGCAGAGGACUAUGAUGAGCAACUGCCACCCCCUCCUCUACCACCCGUCAUUGACGAGACGCCACGCAGUGCACCGCCACGAAGACGACUGAGCAUCCGAGACACACCACCGGGUGGAAAGCGCGGCGGUAUUUUUGGAGGCAUUUUCGGUCGCUCGAAGACGGAAGCUGCUCCACCUGUGCUAAAACCCACCCGGUCAACCCGCGCGCGUGCAAACACAUUGGAUGGUCCAGUCAAAGUCCCAAGGAGAGAAUUCGAGCCCGAGAGUUCUCCAAGCAGGGACAUCUCAUCCAACAAUGAGAGCCGAGACCGAGGCGAACGCGCACAUCGUCCUCGACGUUAUUCACAUCAGCGCCGCCAAUUCGGAUCGCCUGAGGAAGAGGCCGAGUACUACAGGUGGAAAGAAGAACGGCGUUAUAUGCGCCGUCCAGAACAUGAAUUGUCUGGUGGUAGGGAGUUCGGAGUUACUUUUGCGUCGCCAAUCGUUGACCUUCCUCCGCCCCCGCCUAAACCUUUUGAGUAUGACCUCGACGAUGAGGCAAUUGAUGAUGCGGAAUCACCCAUCAUCGAGGAUGCAGCUGCAGUGGUUGGUGUAGCCUCUUACUCGGAUGAGGAACGACGCGAACGUCGACGCAGUCGGCGCAUGUCCAAGCCAGAAGAACGUCCCAAGGCACGUCGCAUCUCCGUCACCGAGAAAGAGCGACCUUCUGGUCGUCGCCCCGAGGCCGACCGGCCACGAACUCGGGACCGCGGAGAUGACCGCGCACGUGUAAAGAGAAGCGAUAACGACCGCCGUGACAGAAGAAAGAAGGAGGAGUCGAGCGGCCUCAAGGGGUUGUUUGGAGGACUCAAGAAGAGAAUCGCAUGA